AUGAAGACGGGAGACAACUACACGGAUCAUGAAGAUGGGAUUGAUGUCGCGUAUGAUCAUAGUGAAGCAAGCACCCCGAGGGGACAUAUUUCGUCUCCAUUUGGAGAUUUUUUUCCCUCCAAGAGCGCAGAAGAGCAUUUUACCAGAAAACUCACGAUAGAUUCUGGAUACAAGAGUGAAAACAAACCAGGGAUCCACAAGAUUUUUUCUUCAAAAGCAGAUGCAUGGAUGGGUAAAAAAACAAGUGCAUGGUCACAUAAAGGAAACGUAAGAGUAGAGUCUUUUGAUACUAUUUUUGGUCGGUUUGGUUGGCAACGGUUGGAUAUCAACCAGGAACACGAGCCUUGUCCACAAAUGAGUUCUUAUGCUUCCUCAAAACUAGACCUUCAACUAUUGGAAAAUACCAACAAGAGUAAUAACAAAAUUGAGGCUUCAGUGUUGUUGUUUUCUUCAUUACAUGUUAGUAGAAGUACUACAAGUAACUCAAGUAGCUCCAGCAACAUUACGAGCAUCAAAAGCAAUGCCAUCAUCAAAGUGGAGAGGGAAACUGAUAGCUUGGAUUGCGAAAUCUUGUGGGAGGAUUUGAUAACAAGAGAACAGAUUGGACAAGGUUCAUGUGGGACUGUAUAUCGUGCAUUGUGGUAUGGAUCAGAUGUUGCGAUCAAGUUAUUUGAAUAUCAAGAGUAUCCAGAUGAUUUGAUGGUAUCAUUUAAGCAGGAGAUAUCUAUCAUGAAAAAGCUUCGACAUCCAAAUAUUUUGCUCUUCAUGGGUUCGGUGACAUCAACUCCACAUCUAUGCAUUGUCACAGAGUUCCUUCCCCGUGGAAGUCUGUUUCGGAUACUUCAGCGAAAUACAACCCGAUUAGAUUGGAAACGUUGUCUCCAUAUGGCCAUGGAUAUUGCACGAGGCAUGAAUUAUCUUCAUCAUUGCAACCCACCCAUUGUUCACCGUGAUUUGAAGUCUUCAAAUCUUCUUGUGGAUAAGAAUUGGACAGUGAAGGUUGGUGACUUUGGUCUCUCUCGUGUCAAGCAUCACACGUACCUCAAAACAAAGUCGGGGAGAGGAACGCCUCAAUGGAUGGCUCCGGAGAUCCUACGUAACGAGGACGCAGAUGAAAAGUCUGAUGUAUACAGCUAUGGUGUGGUAUUGUGGGAAAUUACCACCGGGAAGAUCCCUUGGAAUGAUCUUAAUCCGAUGCAGGUUAUUGGAGCCGUAGGGUUCAUGAAUCGACGACUGGAGAUUCCAAAAGAUGUUGAUCCACUGUGGGCUUUUCUAAUCGAAAGUUGUUGGUGCAGUGAACCACAAUCCCGGCCAACAUUCCAAGAAAUACUAAAUAAGCUUAAAGAUUUGCAAAAGAAACGAAAGAGCUUCGCAAUGGAGGAUAAAGUCAUACCUGGGGUGGACAAAAAGAAACAACUCACAGAAGAGUAG